AGAGAGAGAGAGAGAGCGAAGCGGAAGGAGGAAGAUGACAGGAACCGCUGCGGCGCAUCAUCUCCGCUAGGGUUUUUGAGUAUAUUCUCCGUCUGUCGGUACUCUCUCUCUCUCUCUCUCUCUCUCUCCUUAUCCCCAACGCUCUCCCUUCCCGAGGCGAAUGGCAGGCUUCUCCAUCUGCGCCUUCGUUCCUGCGCUCCGCUCCCAACCGGGUCCCAGCCCGGAGGUGCUUCGGCCUCGACGCGCUCCGCAUUCCCUCUCGCGCGGAGCCGGGGAGAGGAUCGACGGGCGAGGCGCGAGCUCCCGGAGGUUCGUGGUCAUGUCCACGCACUCCAAUCCCAGGAUUCUCAAGGUCAAUCGGAAGUCCAGGUACGGGCGGCCCCUGUCGCCCUUCGACAGCGACGACGACGAGGAGGGUGUGGAGUUCGAUGACGGCGAGGAUGAGGACGAGGAGGAUUGGUCGGAUGAGGAUGAAUUUGCAGAAAUAGCAGAAUAUGAAGAGCAAAAUAAAGAUAAGAGGAAGAAAGACAGCAGGAGACAACCGAACAAAGGUUGGAGAUCAGGUUCCCUGAAUUCUAGGCAGCAGAACGAUCAUAAUGAAAAUAAGAAUCCAGCGAGAAAUGCCGCGAAUACUUUUCCCACUCCCGACCACAAAAAGGAAUAUGCUUCCUACAGUGUAAUUGGAAGGGGAAAGCAGAAAGAAAUCAAACCUCGCCAGCAUGGAUUUCCUAGGCUUUCUGAAGAAAUAGAUUUGGACAAGAGAUGGAUCCCUCUUCUUGAUUACUUGUGCACUUUCGGACUUAAAGAAUCGCAUUUUCUUCAAAUGUACGAGAGACACAUGCCUUCACUGCAAAUAAAUGUUGUCUCUGCAAAGGAGAGGUUGGAUUACUUGUUGAGCAUCGGCGUAAAAAAUCGCGAUGUCAAAAGAAUACUUUUGAGGCAGCCACAGAUUUUACAGUACACAGUGGAGAACAAUUUGAAGUCCCAUGUUGCGUUUUUGAUGGGACUGGGCAUACCAAAUUCUCGAAUAGGACAGAUUAUUGCUGCUGCUCCAUCCCUGUUUUCUUAUAGUGUUGAGAAUUCUUUAAAACCCACGGUUCGCUACUUAGUUGAGGAGGUUGGCAUCAAGGAAAAGGACUUAGGUAAAGUGGUGCAGCUAAGCCCUCAAAUACUUGUCCAGCGAAUUGACGUCUCAUGGAAUACUCGCUAUUUCUUCCUGUCAAAGGAAAUAGGAGCACCAAGAGACAGUGUAGUGAAGAUGGUAACGAAACAUCCCCAGCUCCUGCAUUACAGUAUUGAUGAUGGACUGCUGCCAAGAAUCAAUUUUCUGAGGAGUAUUGGGAUGUGCAACUCUGACAUCUUAAAAGUUUUGACCAGCCUUACACAGGUGUUAUCUUUGUCGUUGGAGGACAAUCUUAAACCUAAAUACAAGUACUUGAUUAACGAACUUCGCAAUGAAGUGCGUUCUUUAACCAAGUACCCAAUGUAUCUGAGUUUGUCUUUGGACCAGAGAAUCCGCCCUCGCCACAGGUUUUUGGUUUCCCUAAAGAAAGCUCCCAAUGGCCCAUUUCCCUUGAGUUAUUUUGUUCCAACAGAUGAGUGUUUCUGCGAGCAGUGGGCUGGGACCAGUUUAGAUAAGUAUCUGGCAUUUCGUCAGAGGCUACUGCUGAAGGAUUUUGCAAAGAAAUAUGAGAAACAAAGAUAGCAUUUUCACGAGAGUAUACUAACCGAUAUAUUGGAAGAACUGAGCGGUCAUGCUCUAACAUACCCCUUGAACUGCUGAAUUUUGCAACAAGUGCUGUGGAAGUCUUGUACUACUUACCAGCAGAUUAUCUUUAAGUAAAAACACAGAAUUUGCAGCUUCUUUGGACGCUGAUGGGGAAUACAAAUGGGGACAGCAAGACAAUUGUUUUUAAACUUUCUGAUACGAGUUCAGUACAUAUGGCUGAGCGGAAUGAUAGAAACAGACACAUGCGGUAAAUGAUCCAGGGUCCCUCAUCUUCGAGAUGUCUCUCUUACAAGCAGUUGAUUUCUUGAGGUCGGGGCCAUCUUCAGGCAAUUUUGAUGUAUGAAUUUUGUCUAAGGCAAUAAUCUUGUAGAUAAUUGUAAAAUAUGAGAAAUGUGAUGCAAGUUUAUGACA